AUGGCCUUCUCCAUGAACCAGGGCGCAGCAAAUGCACCCGCUGUGAAUGUGGGCGCUGAGCUAGAGGAGAUUGACACAGAAUGGCUUGGAUUUAAAGCUAUUGGAGGUGACAAGAAAGUGAAGCUUCUUCCAAACCCAUGGCCUGUGGAAGACCUGCCUCCCUCCUCCGCUUCCUUACUCUCCGUCGCAUCUAGGCGCGGUCUCAUCGCUGCUGGUGGACCAGACACUCUUGUCAUAACCUCCACGGAAGCUGCGCGACGCGCAUUUACCGCACUCGAAGCAGAUCACUCGCAUGUUGUUUCAGCUUAUACGCCCGACGUCACGCUCUCUACGCCCAAACUCCGCCAUGUUGCCUUCUCGAGCGACGAAAACCUCCUGGUCGUAACUGCGGAGAGUGGCGGAGGAUUGGCGGCUUACAAUGUGGAGAGUGUUUUGAACAUCAAGGGCCCUGCCCUCCAGUUGGCUACAGAACAGGUGUCUGUACGGGCACUUGUUCCAAAUCCCAAUCCCCAGCUCGCUCACUUGUUCGCUGUGGUGCUUGACUCCGGCCGACUGGUUGUCGCGGACCUGUCAAAAGGACAGUUGGAGACGCUACAUCAGACGAAUGUAACAUGUGUUGGAUGGAGCAACCUGGGUAAAGCUCUGGUGGUUGGGUUGGAAGAUGGCUCUGCUAUACAGUACAAGACGGACGGACAGGUCCUAGCCGUUGUACCACGUCCCCCAAAUGUGGAGGACAAUUAUUUUGCUUCGGCCGUCUACUGGCUCGGAAACGAAGAGUUCUUCAUUAUCCAUGCACCCAAACCUGGUAUGGACGACGAGGAGCCCGGGGAUGCCUACUACCAUAUUGUCCGAUGUGACAAAGGACGGACAACUUUCAAGUUCCACAAGGCGCCUGUGGAAAUAUUCUUCAAGGGUUUCGGCCCUGAACGCAAACCCCCAAAUCGCUACUCCAUCAAUCGCCUAAGAAAUUGGAAACCUCACAUGACUGACAUGCUUAUUCUCGCCGCCUCUCAUUCCGAGGGGAUCAAACUGAUCACGAACACGAGCGAAGCCCUAUCCACUGAUCAAAAGGCCAUCCAUGAAUUUGCUGUUACUAAUGUACUUGAUAAUCGACGAGCGGAACUACCGAAGAUGGCAGCAGGCGAUGAGGAUACUGUUACCAUCGGCGAGGCCGUGGACCUUUCCAGCAAGGACAAAGUCGAGAAGCCUAUACCAGCGGAUGAUGAAUACCCGUACUCACCAGGCCCACUCCCAGCCUUCUUGGUGUUGAAUCAUGAAGGUAACCUUUGCGCAUGGUGGAUCGUAUACGACAAGUCUAUUCGAUCUGGAGAGGUUUAUCCCGGACUUGUCGCUGCCUCUCCAGGACAGCCCGCCGGACCGGCCGCUACUCCUACUCCGGCACAACCUCAGACAACUUCCGGCUUUUCCUUCAACAAGCCUUCUUUUGGGACGCCUAGCGUUCCCAGCUUCGGCACACCUUCAAAACCUGGGCUUAGUUCACCUUCGCAAUCCGGGUCAAUUUUUGGCAAACCCUCGCAACCUGGAUCUGUAUUUGCCCAGCCCUCGCCAUCAGCGUUUGGUUCACCAUCGCAACUCGGAUCAGCAUUUGGGAAACCCGCACAGCCUGCUUUUGGAGCCGCCAGUAUGCCAGGGGGUUCUGCUUUUGGCGCAGCUGGUGCUCUCGGAAAGCAGCCCUCCGCUUGGGCUUCUGCUUCACAGGCAUCCCCCAGUGCUCUAGCCAACCCUUUUGCAGCUAAAGGAACAGAACCCUCAGGUUUUGCUAAAUUCGGCGCAGCCAGCAACGGUAGCGCCUUAGGUGCAGCUGGGGCAUCCCCUUUCGUCGGCCUAGGUGCACAAAAAUCGGCGUUUUCAGCGCCUUUUGGAAAGCCGGCAUUGUCCAAGGAGCCCAGCGGCGCCACUAAGAGCUUUGGCUCUACCCUCUCCGUUGGGUCCAGCUUCGGGGAUGGAUCCACCUUGCCUUCGUGGGCUAACACACCGGCUCAGAAAGGAUCCUCCAUCUUUGGAGGAACUACUUCCUCAUUCGGUUCGUCCGACGACGCUCAGAACAGGCAGAGGGAUGAAGCCACUCCUACUCCGCAGGCACCUGCGCAGCAGGCCAAAAGCCUCUUCGGUCUCACCGGAGAAUUCAAGCUUGGGUCUACAUUCAAAGGUGAUGGGACCUCUAAAGAGGAUCUGCCCAAGCCUACUGCUCCUUCUGGAGAUUCGCUGUUUGGCGGAGGCUUUGCAGCGGCUCUCGGCGGACCGUCUACGAAGGCUCCCGAAACGCCUGUUAAGAAGGAUGGGGAUGAGCCAAAUCAACGGCGUAUAUCCACGACACCCGCCUCGCCGCCUAGAAACAAGUUCUCGAACCUUUUUGGCCAAACACCUGCGAAGGAGCCUCCGGAGCCUGUAAAAGCUCUCGAGCCUGAAGAAGAAUCUCCCGUGGCCGAAGAAGCGCCUCUCCCGCCGGACUUCGUGACUUGGAAGCCACCUAAGAAAGCAGACGAGGAGCUACCCCCACUCGCAGGAAGCCCACCCGUCAAGGUCGAGGCUCCAGAGUCGGAAGUGCCGUCGGAGCCCUUGGAGGAGUCCGAGGGAGAGUUUUCAGUGGAAGAGGCCGAAGAAGAAGGAGAAGAGGAGGAAGGAGAAGAGGAGGAAGAAGAGGAAGCGGAGGUUCGACCAACCCGUCCAAAGGCAGCAUUCACUUUCCAAGAAAGCGCCACUGCAUCUCCUCAAAUCCGCCCUGCAGCACCUACACCUCCCGCCCUCCCCUCGGCAACUACCUCUCCCGCCCCUCCCCUACUCUUCGGUCAGGCACCCAGACCCAAUGCUUCCCUCUUCCAAACCCCCGCCCCAGCCGGCAUAUCCAAACCCGUCUUCCCCCCUCCCUCGAAUCGCCGAACUGAGAACCUGCGCUCCCCAAGUCCAGUCCGCUCAGCCUCCACAUCCGCCCUAGCUACCGCUCGACGCUCCUCCCCCUUCCCUGGCCCAGGCUCCCUCUCCGCAUCCCUGCAACAGCACCAACCACCCAAACUGCCAACCCCGCAACCCGAACUGUCCGACCUCUCCGACGACGAGGACGAGCGUAUUCGCAGGGAACUAGCAACGGAGCCAGAACCGUCUGCGCAGUUGGCAGAAUUCCUGGCACAUCAGGAUUACACGGGGACGGUGACGAAGACGGGGACAGCGGCGCAGAUCGAAAUCAUGUAUAGGGACAUGAAUAGUAUGAUUGAUACCAUUGGCCUGAAUGCCCGUGCAUUGAAGGCUUUUACGGCAUUUCACUCGGAGCGACGACCGGUUUCGCGAGAGGACCUUGAAGAAGCGCUCGCCAACGGGCAGGACAGCGAGUGGUUCGAAAACUGGACGCUCGCACAAAUCGCGGAUCUCAAGGCCUUGCAGGAUCAAUUGGAAGCGGAACUCGAUGCAGGCCGCGUGCAGGAUAUCGUGGACAAGCUGAGCCAGUUGGCGAGGUUGCUGAGGGAAUACGCCAAGAUCACAACGAAACUCAACGACAUCCGCCGCCAAAUCAUCAAUCGCCGCGACCCUGAGCGCGUGGAGAGUCAUCGCAAGGCGGCCUUGCCAAAGGAACUGGCGGAACAGCAGACGCUUCUCCGCAAGGAAUAUGCGCGGUUGUUGAGCCUGUUAGGGAAGGCGGAGGAGGCGGCGUUCGUCACCAAGUCCAAACUCUCGGCCCUCGACGCUGAGCGGGGCAGGAAGCGCAAGGUACCCACCGUGGAGGCGGUGAAGCGCACGAUUGGGCGCUUGAUCGCCAUGACGGAGAAGAAGGGGAGCGAGAUUGUGGUCCUGGAGGCGGAGAUGCGGCGAUUGAAUUUGCUUGCCGGUGGCGAGGCGAGGGAGAAUGGCGUCGCGAAGUUGGAGAAUGGGGCGCCCCGGACGCCCUCGAGGCCGGGCUCGUCGAGGUCGCUGGCGCUGCGGACGGGAAGUCCCGCUGCAGGCACGCCUUUGAGGUCGACGUCGAGGAGGAGGGAUAGGAUGAGUAUUGCGGAGCUGGAGAGAAGGAUGCAGCGCACGCCGGAGCCGGCGGAGCAGGAUACCCCCCGUGGCGGAUACGGGCUGUACUACACGCCCGAGGGGAGUCCGUCGGGCGGUGGAGUCGAAGGAGAGGACGAGGCGAUGGUGCGGGGGCUGAGGAGGUUGGCGAGGGAGAUGGAGGAGGGGGGGGUGGAGAGGUUGGUGGAGGCUAGGCGGAGGAGGAGGGAGGUUGGGGGAUUGUUGGGCGAGGCGGUAAGGAAAAGGGGGGUGAGGGUUGUGAGGGUUGGGGAGAGGGGGGCGUAG